UGUCGCUGCUUCAUCCCUUUAUGAGCCUCUGAUAAGCAGCUCUUUAUUUCAUCAAUGGAGGGACCUGCUGAAAGGCUUCACCUGAAGUCAUCCAGCAGCAUAAAGUUACAAUUUUCUUACAAAGGGAGGAAGGUCCAGAAGGUGCUGAAUUCUUGGAAACCUCAGACUCGGUGCUUCUGUUGUUGAGCCGUUAAAUCAGUGUGCGCUCCCUUCCUGUUUCCAUUUGCGGCUGAUAAAACCCAAAGCUGCUUUUCACUUCCUCUCCUCCAGACGGUGGCAUGGGCGCCCAGUCAGACUCCACCCUCCAGUCCGUCCUCCUCUUUCCGCUCCACCUCCUCAUCUGGUUGUACUCGCUCAUUUCAUUCCUGCCCUGGUACUUCAUCACCGGCGCUGGCCAGAAGUGUUCUCAGUCCAAGAGGAUGAAGGCUCGUUCUACCAGCGGCUCCCCGGAGGGCCCCUACCGCUCCGUGGACCACUUUGAGUCCUUGGCCACAGAAGACUUCCCAGGGAAGGACACCCUGGAUAAACUCUUCCAGCAUGCGGUGCAGCGCUUCGGCCCGGCCGACUGCCUCGGCACCAGAGAGGUGCUGAGCGAGGAGAACGAGAUUCAGCCCAGUGGGAAAGUGUUUAAAAAGGUGAUACUGGGGGAGUACCGGUGGCUGUCCUACCAGCAGCUGGACGCUGCGGCCAGCGAGUUCGGCAGCGGACUGGCGGCUCUGGGGCAGCAGCCCAAAAGCACCAUCGCCAUUUUCUGUGAAACCAGAGCGGAGUGGAUGAUCACGGCGCAGGCAUGCUUCAGGCGCAACUUCCCCCUGGUGACCUUCUACGCCACGCUGGGAGAGGACGCCAUCGCCUACGGACUGAACGAAACCGCCGUCACUCAUCUGGUCACCAGCGUGGAGCUCCUGGAAACCAAACUGAAAAAAGUUCUGCCGCAGAUCUCCAACCUGAAGCACAUCGUCUAUGUGGACCAGAGGAAAGUGAGCUCAGAGGGCUUCCCAGCAGGAGUUUCCAUCCACAGCAUGCAGGCCGUACGGGAGCUGGGCGCCGCGCCAGAGAACCUGGGAAGGGAAAUCGUGACGCCUCAGCCCUCCGAUCUGGCGGUGGUGAUGUACACCAGCGGUUCCACGGGUCGCCCCAAAGGAGUCAUGAUAGUUCACAGCAACCUGAUCGCAGGGAUGACCGGCCAGUGCGAACGCAUCCCUGGACUCGGGCCUGAGGACACGUACAUCGCCUAUCUGCCUCUGGCUCACGUUCUGGAAAUGACGGCUGAAAUCUCCUGCGUAACGUACGGCUGCCGCAUCGGUUACUCCUCCCCUCAGACUCUGUCCGAUCAGUCCACCAGAAUAAAGAAAGGAAGCAAAGGAGACUGCUCUGUGCUCAGACCCACUCUGAUGGCAGCUGUGCCGGAAAUCAUGGAUCGCAUCAACAGGAAUGUGAUGAGUAAAGUGCAGGAGAUGAGCUACGUUCAGAGGACGCUGUUUACUCUGGGCUACAAAUAUAAACUGGAGCAGGUCAAGAGGGGCUAUGAUGCUCCUCUUUGCAACAUCUUGUUGUUCCGGAAAGUGAAGAAACUGCUGGGUGGGCGCGUGAGGAUGAUGCUGUCAGGUGGAGCCCCCCUGUCCUCGGCCACUCAGAGGUUUAUGAACGUUUGCUUCUGCUGUCCGGUGGGCCAGGGCUACGGCCUGACCGAAACCUGUGGAGCCGGCACCAUCACAGAAGUUGCAGAUUUCAGCACCGGGCGCGUCGGAGCUCCUCUGAUCUGCUGUGAGAUUCAGCUCAGAGAUUGGACCGAAGGUGGCUACACCAGCAAAGACCAGCCCAACCCAAGAGGGGAGAUCCUGAUCGGUGGUCCCAACGUGACCAUGGGCUACUUCAGGCAAGACGGCAACAAUCAGGACUUUUUUGUGGAUGAAAAAGGUCAGAGGUGGUUCUGCACCGGAGACAUCGGAGAGGUUUACCCUGAUGGCUGCCUGCAGAUCGUAGAUCGCAAAAAAGAUUUGGUGAAGCUGCAGGCUGGGGAGUACGUUUCUCUGGGCAAAGUGGAAUCUGCUCUGAAGAACUGUUCUCUGAUCGACAACAUCUGCGCUUACGCUAACAGCGACCAAAACUAUGUGGUCAGCUUCGUGGUUCCCAACCAGAAAAGGCUGACGGAGCUCGCCAAGCAGAGAGGCGUGGAGGGGAAAUGGGAGGAGCUCUGCAACCACCCUGAAAUGGAAAAAGAGGUUCUGAAGGAGAUCAAGGAGGUCGCAGCUAAAAUUAAACUCCAGCGAUUUGAGGUUCCAGUGAAGGUGCGUCUGAGCCCUGAGCCGUGGACCCCGGAGACCGGCCUCGUCACGGACGCGUUCAAGUUGAAGAGGAAAGAGCUGAAAAACCACUAUCUGAACGAUAUAGAAAGGAUGUACGGGAGGAAAUAGAAGAUAUCACAACAAUCAACACGUGUUUCUGUAAAUAGUUAGCCUAGCUUCUCCCAAACCAACGCUCAAAGGGAAACGUUGCAGUUCACGUUAGAUUUCCAUCAAACCAAAGCAUCAGUAGGAAACGUGCUACAGCAGGCUGCUGCUUUACGAAACCAUUUCCGUCCACCCCGUUCUGACGCAACUAAAGGUUGCUUUGUUUUUUCCCCAUAACCGUAGCAGCCGCCCAGGUUGCUAACCAAAGUGCCUGCAAGGCUCCGUUCUGUACACUUAUUAUUGAACCACACUGCAUUAGAUUUACUGUUACAGGCUGACAGCCAUGUGGAAAUGUGUGUAUAUAUUAUUUUCUGUAAUAGGAAAGGACUGGUGGCAUUGAUCUGGAGCCGUAGACGCUCCUACUGCGAUUAAUAGACGAUGACUCUGGUACCCAGCUUUCAGCUGUCCGUGUGCCAAAGGAAUUAAGAGGAAAAUAUGUGAAAGGCGAAUUAAAUACUGUACAUAAGUGUCGCUGUUGAUCCAUACGCGCUGCUUUUUAUUUAUACGUGUAGGAUCGAUGGUUUUCUAAGAGAUGCGUCGAAGUAGCGGGUCUUAUUUCAUCAAAAGGGUCAGAGACUUUCACAGCACUCUACUGCCUAAAUCUGCGUCAAUCUGUCGCCAAAACCAAUCCAAAUGUUAACAGACGUCUGCAUGGAUGGAAGCGGGGGUAUUGCUGUUAGGGUGCCUUCAGUCUGGAGAACUUAAAGCAGUAGAAAGAGACUAAACUGCCAUGUUUACAUAUUUAUUGAAAAAGUUAGAAAUAAUCAGAAAGAAACGCCACUGAUGUCUGGUUAGGAUUUUAUUUUUGGUGAAGACCAAAAAUAUGUAAACAGAGAAUCUCAGGAAGAUAAGUAGACGUGUUUGAGUAUAAAACUGUCACAGGGACAUGAAAUGAUAAAAAUCUUGUGGGCACCUUAUUUAUUUAAGCUUCCUUAACUGUUAAAAUGGUGACAACUUGCUUACUGUAAUACUCUGCAUUUCUCAACACAUAUUUGAUAUGAAGACUAUUUCAAAUCGGAUUAUUGUCAAUUGUUUUUUUUUUUCACAUAUUGUGUUAAAAGGUUUUCAUCAUCAGAACUGUUCGACAACGGCAACCACUUUUCAAAUGAUCAACAUUUCAGAAUAAACUUCUUUUUUCCACAUUUA